CGGCAUGGACGUGUCGCAGCAGCAACACCAGCUGGAGCAGCAGCAACUGGAGCAGCAACAGUAGUAGCAUCAACUGGCCAACGGUCCGCCAACCAGCAGCAACAGAUCAUACUGCCAAUUCUUCAGAUUACUUUUUUUUGCAUUUUUUUUGCAUUUUUUUUUCCUUUUUUUUUUUGUUCGUUCGCUGGAGGGCCUGCGAAAGAGCCAAAAAUAAACCAAAGUGCGCAUACAAUUUGAGUGGAGCUGCCUUGAGUGCAGAGUACCGAACUUGUUAGUGGUACCAGUAUAAAAAAAAAAUAAAAAAAAAAACUAAAAAGAUAUAGUGUCGAACAGUGAGUGAGUUCAAAUUCAGUUUCAGUUUCAGUCCGAAGGGAAAGGGAUUAAAAGGCGCAAAAAACUUUUUGGCGCACAAAAGUAGGCAACAGCAGCGCCAACUUUCUGGAUCCUUCUCGUCCGGCACCAUCCAUCUCGUCGCCCACCGAGACACUGCCAAUUAAGGUUGCCACAGUCACUGCCAAGAAACUAAGACUCUAGCCAGUAGCGAAUAAGUUGCCCAAGAACGACUGCCACUGCCAUCAGCAGCAACAACAAUAGACCAGCUUUGGCACCACCAUCACCACCACCAGCAAAAAACAAGAGCAAUACAGCUGCAAUACAAGCAACAAGAACGUGUUGCUGCCACAAAACGCAGCAGCCGCAACGAGAGCGUCAUCUCUGCCCUUCGCACGCCUCUGCGGGUCUCCCCAACAGAAGAUGCAGCUUGCCAGGACUGCCAGGAUCGAAACCAAUUCUGCCCGGGCGUGUCACCGGCAACGAUUCUAUGAACCCAAUGCCGAAGUACGCUGGCAGCACUCCGAGCACUAAACCGGCUUAGUGGAGCCACUACUACCCCGGAUCCGAACAGCGGAGGUAUCAUCGGAGGAACUAUGAUAACGAGACUCUAUAACACCGAAGAGGAUCCCGCCUACUGCUCGUUCAUCUGGGGCUCCAAUCUGACCAGCAGCGCCGAGGUCCUGGCCGCCAAUGCCACGUCCGUCUUUAGCAGCGACCUGCGGGACGACUUCUAUCGGGAUGUGGAGGAUCCGCGGACCGAAUCGCUGAGGGAGUACUGCUACGGCCUGGUGCUGCCCAUCAUCUGCGCCAUGGGCAUCAUCGGCAACGUGCUCAACCUGAUUGUGCUCACCAGGCGCAACAUGCGUGGCACCGCCUACAUCUACAUGAGGGCCUACUCCACCGCCGCCCUUUUGGCCAUCGUGUUCGCCAUCCCCUUCGGCAUCCGCAUGCUGGUGCACAAGGAUCGAGGCCAGUGGGAGGAGUUCGGGCCCGCCUUCUACACCGCCCACUUGGAGCUUUAUUUGGGCAACGGCUGUUUGGGCGUCGGCGUAAUGAUGUUACUAGUACUGACCAUCGAGCGUUACGUGUCCGUUUGCCACCCCGGAUUCGCUCGACCGGUGAUGGGACCACCUGGCGUUGUGGUCUUCCUCACCUGCUUGGCCACGGUGAUCGUCUACCUACCGAGCAUCUUCCGCGGUGAGCUGAUCAAGUGCAUCUUCGGCUCGAGCGACGUCUAUGUGUACUUGCGACGCGACAAUACGAUCUACCAGCAGACCAUCUUCUACCGCGUCUACAAGAUCAUGCUCGAGGUGAUCUUCAAGCUGGUGCCCACUCUGGUGAUCGGGGGCCUCAACAUGCGCAUCAUGAUGGUCUACAGGCGGACCUGCGAGCGCCGCAGGCAGAUGGUAUUGAGCCGCCCACACGCCCACGGAUAUAUGAAGGACGACGAUCCACGCAAGUUCGCCGAGGAGCGGCGAUUGUUCCUGCUGCUCGGCAGCACCUCGAUCUUGUUCCUCGUCUGCGUCUCGCCCAUGGCCAUUCUCCACAUGACGAUCGCCUCGGAGGUCUACCCGAGCUUCCCGUUCCAGGUGUUCCGGGCCAGCGCCAAUCUGCUGGAGCUGAUCAACUACUCGCUGACCUUCUACAUCUACUGCCUGUUCAGCGAGGACUUCCGCAACACCCUGGUGCGGACCAUCAAGUGGCCCUGGCUCAAGGGCAAGUUCUGCCACCAGGCCGAGCACGAGGUGAGUGGCAGUCCACCGGCCACCGCCGGGACUGUAGCAGUAGCCGGAAUCGGAAUCGGACCCGGAACCGGAAACGGACCGGGAACAUCAAGCCGAACUAAAUCUAAUUUUCAUCCGGCAAUACCGGCGCUGACUCUCACCCCCGCAGAACCCGAGGACCGCCCCCGGCUUGCCAAUGGCGUGCUUCACUAAGGUGGACAAGGGCCAUCAGAAGCACCAUAUUACCACCACCUCGGGCCUGGGACGAUCGAGUAGCAUUUAGCCAACGCCCAACACCCACCAACACCACCACCACAACUACCCAUCCGCUACUCGAGACCCUACUUCCGAACUCCGAGAACCCUCCCAGCCCAGAGUAACCCCAACACCAUCCACUAACAUCAAUUCCCCCCAGGUCGCCGAGGUGUGAAUACCCUUUUUCUGCUCUCGCUUAAGAUCCUGCGACUCUCGAUGUGUUUAGAUUGCGUUAAACGAUAAACGAUUAGCGAUAAACGAUAAACGAAAAAAUAACCAUAAAAGAUAUCCAGCGCCACGCAUUGCGUAUAUAAGUGUCUGUGUAUGUGUGUGUUCCUUAAAAGUAUAUAUAACUACAUAUAUAUGAAUAAAUUUUUUUUGGUAGCACUAGGAUUAGGGAUAAAUUCAACUUAAUCGAAAACGCAUCAAUAAUCGGCAGAAAAAGUAAGCGAUAGCAGGAGUUCAACCAUCGAUAGGUAAAAUCAGUUCGAUUACUGGAAAGCUGGCCACUUGAGCCAAGGAGAACCAAGAAAUAGCUUGAAGGAUUUGUAUGUCGCAGGAUCAGGAUCCUUAAACACAGUUAGAGAUGCAGGUAUGAAGAUAUCGUAAAUGGAUAGCUUGCCAUCCGAAAAUGAAGGAGCUCGUAUACAUUAGUUUUAGCAAAUUUUCACAGACAAAAUCAUACACAGAAACAGAACACCUACAGAACAUCAACAGACAGACAUAUAGACAGACAAGACGAACACACAACGAGAGAGAGCUAGACGUCGAUGAUAUACAGACAUACAAUACUUAUAUACACUUGCAUAUUUCUAUAUGUGAAUGAUAUUUAUGUAAACGACGUAUUUAUGUAUACACGCGUAACUUUAAGCGAAUAUAUUUAUAUAUGCAUAUAUGUAUCUAUUGAUUAUAGCAUUUAAGUGUGCGCAAGAGGAACCCUGAUUCCAACCCGGCCCCAGAUUCAGAUCCAGAUCAAGAUCCCAAUCGAGAUCUAGAUCCAUCUGGCAUCCUGAUGAGCCCUUUCGUCUGACGAAACUGUAUUGAUUGUUGCGUGUGUUGAGAUUGAAUUGUUAAGUUAAUUAAUUGUAGUCGCACUACUUAUAGUUCUACUUUUAAUUCUAGUUUUAAUUCGAGGACUAAGUUAUCUAGGUAUCUAGACUAAUCGACGCGAUUUGAGAUUCCCCCGUCCUUGGUUGUCAGUCUGAAGGGGAAGUCCCCUCCCCCGAACUCAAGCCGAAGGAACCCCUGCCCUCUGACCCCUUGCAGCACGCGUAGCUAUCUUAACUAAAUGUGUGUACCUAGUAUUAAAACAAAGCAAAGCAACCGAAACUUUUCAGUGAUGUCUAUUUACCCGCGCAACGAGAAGAGUCAGGAGUAGGUGCUUCGCAACCCAACGGCCAAGCUAUGGAUUGCAUUGCAUUAAACCUUCAAAUAUCUAAAUGUUUAUCUUACUGAAGAUGGAUUAGGAGUAGCGAUAUUCCAGGCGGUAUGGUUAUAACGAGUAGCGGUGUAGGUCUAUUUUUCGAAAUUCGAGAGGAGUUUCAAGAGAGCAGGUAGCUUACAUUGGCAGCGACUUUAGUGAAUAUAACCCGGGACAAAUUCUGAAAGUAUAUCGGAGCGAUAUAUUGGAUAAGCUUACGUGUUGAGAUCCUCCUCGAAAAAUUCUACGCAAUUUUAGGAAAUUCCUUAUGAUAAUGAUUACGGUUUCAUGAUCUAUGAAAUAUUUUAUGAGUUGUGUACCCUUGCAGAGGGUAUAAUGAUUGCAGUCAGAAGUUUGCAACGCAGUAAAAGGAGACGUUUCGACCCCAUAAAAUAUAUAUAUUCUUGAUCAGCAUUACUAAACGAGUCGAUCUAGCCAUGUCCGUCUGUGCGUUUCUACGCGAACUAGUUUUUCAGUUUUAAUAAUAAUGAAAAUAACUUCUUAUUAUAGCUUCAGUUUUUUUUUACAUAUUAUGUUCUAAUCUUAGAAACAUAGAAUAUUCGAAAAAAUAAUGAAAAUAACCUCUUUUAAUUGUAGCUUCAGUUUUUUAGACAUAUUUUGUUCUAAUCUUGGAAACAUAAUUUUUUAUGAUUUCAAAAUUUCAAAUUAAACUUUUAAAAAAUCAGACGACUAAAUCAUAAAGCUGCCAUAGAAACGAUCGGAUAAAAAUGGGAAACUAAUAGGAUUAUAAUUAUACAUCGUUAUUUUUGAUCAUAUUCUCUUCUACUCCAGUAACUUCUUUUAAUUAUAGCCUCAGUUUUUUUACGUAUUUUGUUCUAAUCUUAAAAACAUCAUUUUUUAUGAUUUCAAAAUAUCAUAUUAAAUUUUUAAAAAAUAAAACGACUAAAUCAUAUAACUGCCAUAGGAACAAUAGGAUAAAAAUUGGGAAACUAAUAGGAAAAUAAUUAUAUAUCAUUAUUUUUUAACAUAUUUUCUUCUAUUCCAGUAACUUUUUUUAAAUAUAGCUUCAGUUUUUUUUACAUACUCUGUUCUAAUCUUAGAAACAUCAUUUUUUAUGAUUUCAAAAUUUCAUAUUAAACUUUUAAAAAAUAAGACUACUAAAUCAUAUAACUGCCAUAGGAACAAUAGGAUAAAAAAUGGAAACGAAUAGGAAAAUAAUUAUACUUCGUUAUUAUUGAUCAUAUUCUCUUUUACUCCAAUAGCAUUUAUUCAUUAUUUCAUACUUACAAAAUAAAUUUCAUAAAAAUCGGAACACUUUAUCAUAUAGCGUCAUACAAAAGAUCGCCAAAUUAAUGCCAAAAUAUACAAUACAACAUAUACGCUAUAAAAUUUAAAUGUAAAAUUAUCUUUAUAUUUCUGUAAUUUUUUUUUAUUUUCUAAAAGUUGGAAAGCUCCUGUAUAUACACUGCUCCCAUAGGUACAACCUGCAAGGGUAUAUAAAAUUCGGCUUGCCGAAGCUAGUUUCCUUUCUUGUUGUUGGUGUUUUUAAGUAUUCCAUUUUAGUCACUUCUUCGGAAAAUGUUAUACAAAAUUGUUAAGUUUUUUCAAAAUAGAUAGGUUAAAGAAAACUUGAUAAAGCUUAUUAAAGAUGAGGGUUUCCGAAUAUAUACCAUAUUUUCAAAUAUGUUAAAUAGUUUUAAAAUAUAUUGCAUUGCAAUCUCAAACAAUAUCCAAAAAAAUAUAUAUCUGUUAUAUUUUAAACAAAUGGUAAAUUAUGAAUUUACAAAAUUUGAAUUUAAAAUAGUAAUAAUUUUUUCAAGGACCUACAUGAGCCGUUACAAAAAAAGUUACAUACUCGUCGGGAGGCAAAGAAUAUCCCUGCAUUUGGAAGCUACACAAGGUGAAUAAUCACAUUGAAUGGAAUUAGAUCUUUUUGUUUUCGUUUUCCAGAGCUCAGCUCAAAGCCAAGAGAGAAAUUAAUAUUUAGGAAAGUAGAUGAACGAAUUGAAAAAAGUGAAAUGUCAGGCAACUUGAGGCAUUUAGGACACCAGAAACCCGGAAAUCAGAACAGGCAGCACGAAGGCAAAUUAAGAAUAUCCAAAAAUAGAGUCAGAGCAGCGUGAACGAAAGCAGAUGGAGUUUAAACGAAUAAACCAUUCAAUACAUUGCAUAACUUACCAUUAACAGCAUUCAAAUAUUCCAUACGAAAAGAAUUUUAAUUGGUGUCAAAGUUAAAUGAAUAAAAAAAUUUUGAGGCAUGCCAA